AUGGGCAAGAAGUUGUUCAAGUGUGAUCUCUGUCCUGCACAGUUCAACCAAAGCGUGGGCUUGUCACAUCACAAGCGAGAACACACAUGCAUGGGGCCAUACAGAUGUGAUCUCUGCCCUGCAGAGUUCGGCAAAAGCAGGAAAUUGCGAGACCACAAGAGAACACACGCGAGUGAGAGGCCAUACAAGUGCGAUCUCAAUCCUCAAGCACAAUGCUCAAGUAUCACAAACGAAAACAUUGCAGGCGAGAAACCCUUUAUGUGCAAUCUCUGUCCUGCAGAAUUCAGUCAUAGGACAGCUCUGACGUGUCACAAGCGAAAACACACGGGUGAGAAGCUCUACAAGUGCGAUAUCUGUAUUGCAGAGUUCAGCUUCAGUGCGAGGCUGUUGUAUCACAAGCGAAAACACAUCGGCGAGAAGUCCUAUAAGUGUGAUCUCGUCAGCGGAGUUCACCCAGAGUUUUAG